CACGACCCCGGAGAUCCCUCACCACACUCAGCCGCCCACAAAUCUCGAAGAAGAAAACAUAAUAGGCAUAGAUUGUCGGAGCGCCGCGAGGAUUUCUUGGAUCUGCGAUGGACCCUCUGGCGGCGCCGCCCCUGGCGCGCUCCGCGCGCCAGGGAGGGGGGGAGAGGGUUCGGCGUGCAGCGCCGAUUCAAGAAAUCCGCGCGGAGCUCCACAAGUUGAUGUUUAUAAUGUGUUCUCUUCUUUGAAAAUCCUGGAGUCCUAUUCGCGCUGGCCCCGUGCUGUCACCACAAGAACCUGCAAUACGAGACCUAUGCGGGCAGGGAUUGGUGGGAGAAGCAAGGGUUGAGCGACAGAGAGUUCGCUUUGGCGAAGCAGCUCAUCUUCCUGAGCAAGGUCCCCGGCCUGCACGACCAGAACGACCACACGUGCCGCCGCUGGAAGUUGCGCGCCAUCUGGACCGCAGCCGAGCUGAAGAGGCUGGGCCUGCUCGCGCGAAGAGCGGUCGAGGAGGGCCGCCUUCAGUGCCUGAGGUCACAGUCAUCCAGGCCCUCCAGAUGGGGUCCGAGCAGAUGAGGUCGAAGGAGCGCGCCGCAUCGCCGACGCAUCGGCGAUGCGGCUCGAUGUGGAGCCCGAUUUGAUCCACGCCGACGGCGCCGACGCAUCGCCGACGUCGCCGAUGCAUCGCCGAUACACUGGUGAUGCAUCGGCGAUGCAGCGCGAUCCUCAGACCCCGUCUGCUCGGACCCCACUUGGAAUGCCUCCAAGUCAGGGCACUGUUCCAUCCACACCCUCAUUGUGGAGUAUUGCCUGCCAUCCCUCACUCCCGACAACUUUCUGCUGCUGGCCUCGACGGAGCCCAUCGAGCUGGGGCCUGCUUUUCUCGAGACUCACCUCCUGCCAGCACUGGAAUCCGAUCCCGGAAGCUCUGGGGAAACAGCAGCAGAGGGAAAAGACGUGCAGCUGGACAGCGUUCAAGACGGUCUCGGGACGCUGAGCCUGACCACCAGGCGGCGAGAAACCGGCCUGCUUGUGAAGUUGGUGCCGAAGCCCGUGUACGCCGCGCAGGGAGAGCGAGUGAGCGAGUUCUUGCAGGAGAACCGUGAUUCGGUGUGUCCCAUGAUGGAAAGCUGUCACGCCUGCGACGCCGCCCUGGGCAUCCAGGUCGUGAUGAGCAAGACUGGGAAGAGGGAUGCGGCCACCGAUCACCGGAACAUGUUGAUAACAGCAGCACCGCGCUCCUCUUCGGAUCCAGACCCGCUGCCAGCGCUGUGCAACGCUCUGCUUCAGCAGCCUCUUCUGGCAUCCGCUUUCGACCAGUUCUACCCUUUUCGCGCCGUCUUCGACGUGCUCAAGGCCGAGAAGCUGUUCGAAUUGACGGCGGAGAAGCCGCUGGGAUGCGGAGAUAACGCUGCCUUCGAGCUGUGCGAGCUGUCCGAAGAUAGUCUUGAGCACUACGUGACCGAAGAGCUGCGAGCAGCGGUGAGACUGCACUUUGGGGACGUGUCGUCGCCAGAAGCCUGUUCGAAUAAUCCUUUUCUGCUCAAGGUCCACGUCUGCCCCCGAGGCAGCUUGCUAGCCAAAGUCAUAGACAUGGCCUCGGUGCUCCUGGAGAAGGUCGUGCUAGAAGUUCUAGGGCCAGAUAUUGCGUCCAAAGACUCAAUGGAAAAGGUGGCCCGCAUGGCUGCGGGCUCCAAUCAGAACACGCGCACGCUCUGCGUCGGCCUCUGGCGCGGCCACGGAGCGGUGUCCUGUGUGGGGAUCAGUCUUACGCGGGUAGCCGACGAAUUUGACCCGGCCCGGCUGGGCCCGGACAUGAGGCGAGCUUUGCCAGGGUCAACGAGCUUGGGCAAGUGCUGGCGGCACCGGCUGUACGAGCUCUCUCUGCGAGCCCACUCCAACCAGAUCGCCGAGGACGUGGAGCUCCUCGGGGAGUUUGAGAGGGUGCUCAGCCUGGACUCAGCCAGCAGCCCGGCAGUGGUUUUUCACCCUGGAACAGUGCUGGCGGCUGGCGAGACCGGCCAGUUUUUGGACUGCUUGCCUGGUCUCCCCACCUUCGCGCUCCACGGAGCCGACAUCCUGACCUCUCGGCCCGAGGAGUCAGCCGUUGCCCCGCUGGUGUUGCUGGAUCUCGGUCCGAGGGCGGGGUGGCAGAGGGCCGUAGACCUGUUGGUCGAGGCCUGCGUCACCUGGGGGCCCCGGCCAGAGCUCUUCAUCCUGCGCCUGACCGCGAGUGACUGCGGGAAGGCCGACCAAAGACGAGGGUACAAGGGGUGGCAGCAGUCCGUGACCAUCCGAGUGUUCAGCGCGCUGAGAGAGAGGAUCGGCACGGACCACAGCCUCUCCCUGCAGGUAAACCACUUGCUCUCGGACGAGGGCGCCGAGCGGACCCUGCUGUUGCGGCGGCGAGCUAAGACCGAGCUUCCGUGCCAAAGUUAGAACUCCGAGUGUUGCUCCAAUAUUCUGAAUAUGGUUUUAGGAUCGACCCGCGUAGCUUGCAGUCGUGGCUCUGGCACGUGAUCUCAGCUCUCUUGGCGCCGCUGCCGUCGACGCGCGCUCUUCAAAGUGCGGGACAGGCUCUGGUAAAGUGAAG